AUGCUAGGGAUUGAAUCUCUGACAGGGAUGAUCUCUGCUUACCUCUGGUUACAGAUCCUUUGGGGCAGGCUUCCCAGGACAGAGACAAAGUCUAGCAUACAUGGAAUUAAUAUGUCCAUCCUGCUUCAAUUGAGAAAUGCACUAAAUAUUAUUAUUGAUUUCCCAUCUUACGAGAUUGCAGUUGUAUGUUUUGUUUUUAGUGUGUUCAGCCCUGAGGUUCUUGAUCUUACUGAGUAUGACCUUGUUGGGAAGUUUGUCAUUGGUGUCUCAAUGGUCACUGCACUUUCAUUGGCCAUCUCAUUCCCAACACUUGCAGUUGCACCGCACAUGUUUGUCAAUGCCUAUAUGAAUGUUCUUGCUGUUGCACUUGCCACAGAAUAUUCUUUCCCUCAGGCUGAUGAGGACCCAAGCAAGUUUGUUGUAGCUGCUGUUGCUGGCCCAGCUGUUGCCGCUGGCACCGCCCCAGACACCGCUGCUGCUAAGGAAGAAGAAAAGUAG